AUGUCUCAACAACCAGUUAUAAACCCUACUAACACAACCGGAGAUACCUUAAUAGACACUGUUAUGGAGGAAGCAACGGCUAGUUCUUCAUCUCAUGUCCUUUCUCACAGCGAAAUAGACCUCACAUCACGUGACCCACAGGAAAAAGAUAUUCACACGCAAACACCAAUCACUGAAAACUUCCCCAUUAUGGAUGAAGAUCCAUCUACAUCUAACCCCGAUAAGGGUAAAUCUGCGGAAUCUCAACCAGCCUCACAAACAAAUAAACCGAAUUCGAUAGAAAUAUCCGUGUUAAACGACAUUUUUAAACAAACACCCCAGGCUUCUAACAAAGCACACAAAGGUUUCAUCCCCAGAGACAGUUUCCGACCCGAACUUUCCAACAAUGAUAUCAUCAAGUUACUAAAGACGUCAUUUAUAUGUGAUAGUAACGCCUUCAAAUUUGAAGUUAACUCAACUUCAACAUACAAAUACUUCACCAUAUAUUUCCGAACGCGUGACUCGCUCAAUCAAUAUAUAGAAAAAUGCCCGCCAGAACUUGAACAGGUUAAAAUUUUUGAACUUACCAACACAGCUAUCAACACAUUACUCGAGAGAAAAUUUUCCAAUCUCGACCAAGCUGUUAUCAAAAUUAUGGAUAUACCAUAUAACUAUGACACAUCCAUGCUCAUCAAACACCUCGCUAUUAAAACCAAUAGCAUUAUCAUUGAUCAUAAAGAAAUCAAAAAACCACCCAGGAAAAUACCUAACCGAAAUAACCGUGGUCGCCCGAUCUAUAUCAAACCAGCAUAUAAACAACUAAUCAUCCGUUUCGAUAAACAAACAGCCUACGAUUAUUUUAUGCAAGAAAAUUAUUGGAGCCUAGAAAUAGAAAACUUCGUAGUUAGAAUACUACCGGGAAACCAAAAUGAUCCAGAAUUUAAAAAACGUACUGGUAAUUAUUUUAAAAUUACAGGACUCCCACUCAAUUCUACCGCCAUGGACCUUGAACCACUGAUCAAACACAUUUACGGACGCACUUGCACGUUCACACAAACCACUAGAUACUCAACCGCCAAAAAUGCAUAUAUAUACGUAUCACCUGAUAAUUAUCCCACCACCGCCAUGAAUGGCGCAUCUUCACUAUUUGAAGGCCACAAUAUCUACAUUCUUCCCGGGCACUUAUCAGUUAAAACAUGCAAUACUUGUGGAUCACCACUACAUCUUUCAAACAAUUGUGACGACAAAAACUUCAAAAUGAACUCUGAUAAUCGUAAGAUUUUUCAAAAAAGGUUCAUAGACCGUAAAGAUGAAAAAAUUACAAUCAACGAGUGUCACAAGAAUAGAUAUAACCACGUGAUAUCUCUUAACACUCAAAACAAAAAUGCAAACCUUCCGCCAAAGGACGAUACACGUACACAACCACAAACAAGAACCCAUAAGAACGGUUCACAAUCUGGUAGCUUACUUUACCCCCGUCAAGGGAAACAACCACGUCACAUCCCACGUAAUAACAACGAAACUCACAAUUGGGACGACUUACUUAUCACCCCCCAACACAACCAGUCGCAAACUGCAUCAAAUAAUCAUUUAAAUAAAAGAAUCGACGAUCUCGAAAAACAAGUCCAAUCACUCAUUAAUAACAUUCGAUUAUUACAACAAAACAAUACGAAAACAGAUCAAAGCAUUGCCGACCUACACCACAGUCAUAUGACUAUGGAUACAUCGCUUUCAGAAAUAAAAGAAAGAUGUGUCAAAUACGAUACAAUUAUUCAACAACUUACUACUAAUAUUAAUUUACUAAGUAAAAAAGAGAUAGCAGCGACCCAAGAACGUCCUCGCAAAAUAUCAAAAAAAGUCACGCCAUAUGAACAAACUUCAUACAGAGCAACUAAAUCCAAAUACAACCUUAGGAAUAAUAAAGAUAAUACUACUUAUGAAGACGAAAGCGAAUUCCACCCGUCCACAGGAGACGACACAGACGUCCCGGACGAAAAUGCUAUGUCAGAUGGCGCUAGUUUCGAAGGCAUUAUAGAUAACACGUUACAAGAACCUGUUAAAAAUGACACUUUUACAGUCAAAUCAUAUAAUCCACUAAACCUCCUCAAUAGUUUUAACGCUACACGUUGA